AAACCCUUUUGCGUCCAAGUUAUUUCAGAAAUCACGCGUUUUUCAAGACAGACCGGAAUAGGAAUUAACGUAUUUGACCUGCAAAACAAAGGAAAUUGAUAUUUUGACUGAUGGAUUAAAGCGCGAGAGAUGUUUCAGCAGUACAUUGCAAAUUCACAAGUCGAUGUGAGGAUCACAGAAUUCUCAUCGCCUGCCAUUAUGUGACGUCACUCUGUACACCUGUGUCUACGAACUGUGUCGGGCAUAAACAAGGAAUUAAUCCGAACAGACGAUAUGUUUUGUUUGAUGAAAAAAAAUUUCCUGUUGUAAAGUGACAAUUGUCAACUGCGGGAUGUGUCUUGUCAGAAAUGUUGACCCAUAUAUCAGAACCUCGGUACUUUAGAUCAAUCCGGCGUUGACAUUGUGUUCCCAGGUAUCCAUUCAUUUCUAAGGUAUUGCAGUAAAAUUGCAACCACCGUAUAUUUGAUAUUCACAUUACACGGUCUAUUUAACUCUGACAGUGCUAAAACUAGAUCAAAGCUCUGAAGAACUCUUCAUCAUGUCCGUGCCUCUCGCCUACUGUCCAUGACAAUUUAUCACGAAGUAUCAAUGCCCGCCGGUGUCGAAAUCGUUUUGACUAGGUCCGAUCAGAGAAUUGUUGCGGGUGCACUGAAUGUAAGGCCUGGGGUGACCUGGUCUGGUCAUGUGUCAAGACCGUGUUCUCAUCGGGACAUGAGAAUCCUCUCGUAACCGACUUCGGGACGAUCAUCACACUCGUGUACAGGAGAAGCUAUGUUUGGGCAGUGGAUUCGUUGUUGGCGCUGAAAUAAAUGCUGGAACUACCUCACGUGGCUCUCUCUUUGGUAAGAUAGAGUAAGAUACCUUUAAUUAGGAAAACUCUUUGCACAACUCUUCACUAUUCUCACGUGAUCUCGUGUUGCCAUGAUGGCGCUACCUCGAGUGAGGAGGACCGGCAUUCAUAGGCCAAGCGUGAUAAGCCUCGGUCUGGCGCGAGCGGGAGCAAAACAUGUCGCACGGAGGCAGGAAAAAAGGUUGAGCCCCACCAGGGCAAGAUCUGGAUUAACCAAACUGCUCUGUGGCAUGUACUGUAUGGUUGCAUGCGUGUUCGGCGCUGUCUUCCCAAUCAGCGAUGCCCUUGCUGAGACAGGGAAUGGUGAACAUCGCUAUUACACUGAGAUGUUCCACUGUUUCAUGUACGGACUCGGCGUCAUCGCCUAUAUAUACUUCGUCAGUCUAAUAAUGCACCAGCGCCGAAAACUGAAGGCUUCCGGAAGAUAUAAGGAUAUUGAACUUGACGUGAUCGGCUCAGCAGCACCCUCCAGGAGAGUUUCCAGAGAUUAUAGGAAAAACAGCGUGACGAACAUGGACAUCGCGCGGCGGCUUAUCGAGAGAGACAAAGAGAGAGAAUCCCCGCUGGGGUCAAUAAAUUUGGAAAAUAUAGAUACUGACGCUCUCCAUGACAAACAGAUGGAGGAGUUAGAAAGGGAUGCGGAAGUGACGUAUGAAGCGGAGGGAGUGAAUUUCUACCUUCGUCUUGGAGCCAUGGGUUUUGGCGUCGGAGGUAUGGUACAGUCUGGUUUCCGAAUCUCCGAGCCCUUUGAGAAUCCAAAGUCGUUGCAUUGUCGCAGUCUCCUGUUCCUCGUCAAUGCAGCUUUGUAUCUAGUGUUUGUGUUCCUGCAGACCUUCUUUAUAUUCAAAUAUCAUAAGGUCGUCAUCCACAAACACAAGGCAUUCGUCCGUUUUUGUCUGAUGCACAUUCUUGCCACGAACUUGUCCGUUUGGUUGUCAACGACAACUCAUGAAACAGCCGAGGAUAUAGGACGGAUGUCAGCCAAGUCUCUCGCUAUGACAGCCCACAACCAAACAAACGAUGGAGCUGAUUUGAUGAAAUACGGAGCUAACGAAUCUGAUGUCGGCAACUCCGCCAACCAAAAUGACGCCGUGGAUCGUUUGAUCAACUGCCAUCAAACGCACACACUCUCCGACCGCAGUGCUCCCUACCUCUUCCCCUGUCUGAUCGAAUACAGCCUUAUCGGCGCUGCAGUAGCAUACAGGACCUUCCUAAACGUCGGAAAGAGGGUCGCGAAGGGAGAUUCUGUUGACGAAUCGGCAGGAAUGAAGCAGUCAGUAGAGCCAGUGGAGUGCCACAAAUCGAACCGUGGUCUCUUCUUGGGGUUGAUAAUGCUGCUGAUCACUUUAGUAAGCGUGGCGAUGUUCUUCGUUUUCGAGGAAGAUAAGCAGAAGAAGGACAUAUCAACCGGGAUUUUUUUAUCCUCGGAGAUAUUUUUAUUUGUAGUUAGUUCAUGUGCGUGCAUCGUCGGAUUCUUCUACACGCAUAGAUUAUCAUUUAUCGGACUUCGCGAUAGUGAUUUUUUCGAUGAUAAGCUUCUACUCAUUGCGCAAAUGGGCGUUUACCUUUUGAGCACGUGCGUCGUGAUCUCGUCUGUAACAUUUCUGUUCUCGGACCCUGACCGCGAAGGUCACAUGACACUCCCAAUAAUGUACCUAAGCAUGGCAUCGCUCAAUUUCGUCCAAUCGUCAAUACAGACUGUGUUUAUCCUAGACGGGCUACGUCGUUGCGCGGGAACGGACGAUCACAUGACUAAAAAACCCGGGAGAGCCGUGAUCACGUUUCUUCUCGUUUGUAAUCUCGCGAUGUGGACUGUGAAUACGUUUGAGAUUAAGAAGGCAGAAGUUGUCGCGGACAUUCACGUGGAUUUCUUCCGCUACAUGCCUUGGUCCAUCAUAAUGCACUUGUGCUUGCCUCUAGUGAUUUUCUACAGGUUUCAUUCGAGUGUGUGUUUGAGUGACGUAUGGCACAACGCCUACGUGAAAAGGGAGACGCAAAAUAUUUUUGAUCUCAGUGACAUUCUCGAGGAGAGUGCCUAAGCACCAGGGUGGUCAUGCAUCACGGGGCGGCGCAUCUUGGUACUGGUGUAACAUCUAUUAGUGUUUCAACAUUUCUCUCUUGGGACCCUUGGGACCCUUCGUGCCCUAGGUGGCACAUGGGGCGUUCCCCAGGGUCCUCCACUCAAGUCUGUUGGCUGCUCGCUGUCUGGCUGCCUCCCACGUUAGGCCCUUCUCUUGAAGUUCCUUUGCCAUGGAACGCCGCCAGGUCUCUCUUAGUCUGCCUCUAUUCCGUCUCCCCUGUGGUGUCCAUGUGAGUGCUCUCCUUGGCAAUGCGUUUGCAGGCAUUCGGAGCACAUGGCCCAACCAUUGCCAUCUUCGUUCCUUCACCAAUUCUGAUAUGGGCUUCAGGUUAGCGUCUCUCAGUAGGUCUUCGUUACUGAUUGUCCUUUCCACAUUUCAGUAUUCCCUUAUUUUUCUCCUAUCAAAGGAAAAAGGCGACCACUAACCAAACUAUAACCAUGCAAUGGCUGAACUAUAAUUGUAGCGGAAACACACACCAGAAACACUCCCAGACACUUCACAUGUGCACGUUUCCGUUCCACGUUUCGAAACCCAGUAAAAGUAGUUCGGGUCAACAAUGGAUCGUACCAGUAGUUAUACAGCUAUGGAGCCGUGAAUGCGUUAUUCAUCUGGGACCAAAUUCACUGACACACCGGUGUGACAGCGGAUAUAGUCCCCCUGGAGUCAUAGUCCGGUAGCAUUGUAUUUGAUCAAUUAAGCAGCAUGAUCUAUUGUACCGCUAACCCUAACCAAAACAUUUAGCAAUGCGGGCUAUUGUUACACGGACUAUCAGCCCUAGGACUACUAUCCCUUGCACACCUGGUCAACAAUGGAUCGUACCAGUAGUUAUACAGCUAUGGAGCCGUGAAUGAUGUAACAUUAGGGUAUGCGUUAUUCUCCUGGGACCAAAUUCACUGACACACCGGGACCCUGGGUCAUACGGGCCGUGGAUCAUUGACUGACCGAAUGUGAACAUGAUCCGGCGGUGAAAUUUACCCCCCCUAUAGGCAAUAAUGAUAUAUAGACUAUUAUAUUGUGUAGAGUGUAAUGUAUUAAAAACAAUUUGGAUACAAUGUAAUCAAGAUAACUGUAUUAUACGUGUACAUACACAGGCAAAGCAAUAAAAUUGGUGAAGUUGACGCCGUUUUGUAAAACAAUCAACCUGUAAUGUCUAUAUCUGAUGAACAAUUGGAGAAAAACAUAUUUAAUGUAAUGAGGAAUAAUCUUGUUCAGUCUUUAAUGUGAUGAGGGAUAUGUGUGUCCAAUUCGUCACACAAGGACUUAAUUUUAACUCGUGCUAUAUUGUAGUGCAUGCUAUUGAUGAA